UUUUUUUUUUUUUUUUUAAGAUGGAACAGCGUCUUAGUUUGUUAGCCACUACUCAUCUUCUUCAACACACUCUCAGAAGUUUAUGUAUUCAUCAUAACUCUCACUGGGUUUAUGCUGUUUUUUGGCGUAUCCUUCCUCGCAAUUACCCACCUCCUAAAUGGGAAAAUCAAGGUGCUUUUGAUAGGUCCAGAGGAAAUUGGAGAAAUUGGAUUCUGGUGUGGGAAGAUGGUUUUUGCAAUUUUGCUGCGUCAGCAUCUUCCGAUGACAUGGAGGCGGCCGCCGGCGACUUUCCGGGGUAUGGGUUACAGCCAUGUCGGGGUUUACAGCCGGAGCUUUUCUUCAAGAUGUCACAUGAGAUCUACAAUUAUGGAGAAGGAUUGAUUGGGAAAGUGGCUGCAGAUCGAAGUCAUAAAUGGAUUUAUAAAGAAGCUAAUGAUAAUCAUGACAUUAAAUUUUUACCCACCUGGCACAAUUCUGCCGAUUCUCAUCCUAGGACUUGGGAAGCCCAGUUUCAGUCAGGCAUAAAGACAAUAGCUUUGAUCGCAGUCAAAGAAGGCGUCGUCCAAUUGGGAGCUGUUCAGAAGGUGACAGAAGACUUAAGCUUGGUAGUACAGUUACGAAAGAAAUUCUGUUACAUUGAAAGCAUCCCAGGGGUUUUAUUGCCUCACCCUCUUUGCUCAUCGAUUCCUUCAUUCGCGGAGGGCGGAGCGACUGCGACAACAUCGGCAUACGAGAAUCCAGAGAUCGGGCGAUUCGAAGGGAUCGGUUUGGGAGGUUCAAUAGAGAGUUUAGUAUACAACAAUUUGAAUCAACAGCUAAGAAUAACGCCAUCAAUGAGCAGUCUAGAAGCGCUUUUGGCAAAGCUACCAUCUGUGGUACCGGCGAACGGAGCCGAGGUUGGAGUACGUCCUAAUUAUCAGUAUCAGCAUCAGCAUCAGCAUCAGUCGGAGAGUUCAGCUCAGAAAACGUUGGAGCUUUUGGCAAUGGAAAAAGUUGCAAAAGUAGAGAUGAAUGAUGAUGAGGAUGAUCAGGUCGUUUACACUCAACUUCUCCAUCGUUAUCAUGAUUGUGAUAUAACUACCACUUCCUCCCAUAAUCAUGGAUUUUAGGUUCUUUUUCUUUUUGCUUCUAUUUCUGUGACAUCUGCUUUUAUCAUUUUCUGGAUAUUACCAUCAUUAAUUAGGCAACUAAUUUAUCUUA